AUGAUCUCUGCCCUCGUGGUCCUGCUUGCGUAUUUAUGGACGUCGUUUGCGCAGACGGCAGUAGACUCUUAUGUUGCGACUGAGAGUCCGAUUGCGAAAACCAACCUAUUGGCCAAUAUUGGAGCAUCUGGGUCGAAAUCUCAGGGAGCGAAACCGGGAAUCGUGAUUGCGUCUCCGAGUACCACCAAUCCGAAUUAUUUGUUCACCUGGACUCGGGACUCGUCUCUUGUUUUCAAGACUAUUAUUGACCAGUAUACGAAUGGGCAAGAUACAUCUUUAAGGACACUUAUCGACGAGUUCGUUUCCGCCGAGGCUACCCUGCAACAGGUAUCAAAUCCAUCUGGAACGGUGUCUACCGGUGGCCUUGGAGAGCCUAAGUUCAAUAUUGACGAAACUGCUUUUACGGGUGCAUGGGGACGUCCCCAGCGAGACGGACCAGCUUUGCGUGCGACUGCCAUCAUAAAUUAUGCUAACUAUUUGCUUGCGAAUGACAACUCAUCGUUUGUUACUAACACCCUUUGGCCUAUACUUCAACUCGACUUGGACUACGUUGCUCAGGAUUGGAACCAAACCACCUUCGAUCUUUGGGAGGAAGUUGAUUCUACGUCUUUCUUUACCGCCGCUGUACAGCAUCGGUCUCUCCGGGAAGGUGCUACGCUUGCUACGAAAAUAGGUCAGACUAGUGUUGUUUCGGGAUACACGACGCAAGCGGAGAAUAUUCUGUGCUUCAUGCAGUCGUUUUGGAAUGCUGGAGGGAACUUCAUGACUGCAAACACAGGAGGAGGCCGCUCUGGAAAAGAUGCCAACACGGUUCUCGCGUCCAUUCAUACGUUUGACUCGAGUGCUGGAUGCGACGCGGCAACGUUCCAGCCGUGCUCGGACAGAGCUCUAGCAAAUUUGAAGACAUAUGUAGACGCAUUCAGAAGUAUCUACUCGAUCAACUCUGGAAUAGCGUCCAACGCAGCCGUUGCCACUGGCCGCUAUCCAGAGGAUGUGUACUUCAACGGAAAUCCCUGGUAUCUAACAACUCUCUCUGUUGCCGAGCAGCUCUACGACGCAAUCACCGUCUGGAAUGCCCAAGGCUCACUAAACGUUACAUCCGUUUCACAACCUUUCUUCGCCCUCUUCCAAUCCGACAUCGCUGUCGGCACAUAUGCGUCGUCCUCUUCAACGUUUACGUCCCUCCUUUCAUCCAUCAAGAGCUUCGCAGACGGCUUCGUCUCCGUCGUUGCAAAGUACACUCCAAGCAACGGCGGUUUAUCCGAACAGUACUCGAAGAGUGACGGAACGCCUACGAGUGCAGUUGACCUUACGUGGAGUUACGCUGCUGCGUUAACGGCGUUCGCUGCUCGCGAUGGAUUCGUACCAGCUAGCUGGGGAGCUGCUGGCUUGACGGUACCUUCGACGUGCUCUACUAGUGGGUCGGGACCUGGUUCGGGUGGUACUGUCGCUGUAACGUUUAACGUUCAGGCGACCACUGUGUUUGGAGAAAACAUUUAUAUCACCGGCUCUGUCGAUGCGCUACAGAACUGGUCACCAGACAACGCGAUCAUCUUGAGUGCUGCUAACUAUCCUACCUGGAGUGUGACGAUCAACCUCCCAGCGAGCACGACUAUACAGUACAAAUACAUUCGAAAGUUCAACGGUGCUGUGACUUGGGAAUCGGACCCAAAUAUGCAGAUCACGACGCCUUCAGGCGGGACGUUUAUCGAGAACGACGUUUGGCGCUAA